UCAUCCACCAAGCAUACAAUGUUCAUUACCAUCAACACCUAUCUAUGCACCUGAAGGUUCAACAAGUUCUGUAGUUACCUGGUCAAUGCCAACUGGUAAGGAUGGAAAAGGAAACGCGCUAAGACCUAGACUGAUAAAUGGUAUUGGAGAUUCGGGUAGUUCGUUUCCACGAGGUCAUCAUACGAUAACGUAUUCUGUAACAGACUCCAGAGGAUUUAAAGAUUACUGUUUCUUUACGUUUGAAGUAGCUGUUCAUGUGUGUCCGACAGUCCCUUGGCCAGAAAAUGGAAUAAAAGAUUGUGAUGGUGUAGAAAUGAUUUGGGGAAAAUCAUGUACUGUACGUUGUAAUUCAGGUUAUGAUUUACAAGGUGGCCAGCGUGUUACAUGUCGAAAGGAUGGAACAUAUGUCGUCCCCACUUGUAAAGCUAAGAUAUGUCCAGUACUAACUCCUCCAACAAAUGGGAUUGAAUACGACUGCCCUGAGGGUAGAAAUUAUAAAAGUGUAUGCUAUAUUAGAUGCAAAAAGGGUUACCGUGCAACUUCAGCGGUAUAUACAAUUUGUACAGAGUCGGGUAAUUGGAGAGAACCUCUACCACAAUGUGAAGAUUAUACGGCACCUGUAUUUGAUAACUGUCCUGUUAACCCAUUCAUAGUUUAUGCAGAUACAGGUUUAACAUCAGCAACAUUCACAUAUGAACCGAUAACAGCAACAGAUAAUUCAGGAACGGUAAAUCUAAUACUAGUGCAAGGCUUACCGUCUGGGUCACGUUUUGAAAGAGGUACGCAUGUCAUACAAAUGAAUGCCGAAGAUCAAGAUAGAAAUAGAGCUUAUUGUUUCUUUUCUGUGUCAGUUCAAGUCUUAAGGUGCGGGGUUCCUGAUUACAGUGAUGUAAAUAUGGGUAUCGAUUGUCCGUCAGGUUACACAUUGGGAUCACAAUGUUCCAUUGGUUGUAUAUCUGGGCUACCUUUAGUCGGAUCAAACAAAAUAACAUGUGAAAAAGAUGAUUCAGACCCACCUAAAACAUCGUGGGAUUUUAGCCUUGAUAGUCGGCCAUUUUGUAGAGCUUUACCGUGUAAAAAUUUAACGGCUCCAUUGAAUGGUGCAUUAGUCUGUGAUGACUGGGCUUUUGGUACAUUUUGUAAUAUGAUGUGUAAUUCAAAUUUCGAUAUACCAAGAACUAUGGACACAAGUAACCGUUUUAUUUGCGGAUUGACAUCAGGACAGUGGUCUCCCACGGAUAACGUUCCUGAUUGUACAGAAGACAGAGAAGACAGAGGACCUAAGAAAAUGGUUCUUCCUUCUAAGUUUUAUUAUUUUGAUGGAGACUGUACAACAAGCACUGAUGUUAUUAAGAACAAUUUUAUUCAAGCACUACAAAACUCACCUACAUGGUCACAAGUUUGUCCUGUUCAAGAGGAUUGUACAGCAGAAAAUGUAGAUGUUAAAUGCGGUCCCACAUCAGGUCGAAAGAAAAGGAAUGUAGAACAACACAGGUAUAAGCGAGAGGCCAAUGAAUUAUUGAUAAUUUUCAAAAUUGCUAUACCAUUUUCUGUUAAUGGGACAUCUAAAGAAAAUGCCAGGGAUAUUAGUGCAGCAAAACUUAACAGUAUUGCCGAUGGUAUUAAACGUGAUGUUGUAAAUGGUGUUUUUAGCAGUGUUGCACCAGGCUUCACAAUAACGAAUGAAUCUGUGAAGUUUGAUUGGGAAGAUUUUGAAUGUCCAGAAGGACAGAUUUCCAACUACGCAUCAGUUUCAUGUCGUGGAUGUCCAACUGGAAUGCUGUAUGAACGAACAACUGAAAACUGUACUUAUUGUCCUAGGGGAACUUAUCAAGAUGAAGACUUUUCUCUGUCCUGUAAAUCUUGUCCUGAAAAUACUUCAACUAUCCGUGAAGGAUCUCGUAACGCAAAUAAUUGUUUAGCUAUAUGUGGUAUUGGUGAGAGUUCUCCAACUGGAUUAACGCCAUGUUCACCAUGUCAAAUAGGAUCGUACCAAGAUACAGGAAACAGUAAAACUUGUAAGAAAUGCCCAGCGGACAAAUCGAGUGCAACGGGAUCAACAUCUCUAACAGACUGUAAAGGUUUUGACAUGAUAUUAACUGGACCAAUAAAGUUAACCAGUAAGCCACUAGAAUCUGAUAUGGACAAUUUCACCCUUUCUGUUUGGUUCAAAUAUAAAUCACCUGAGUCUAAUUUCACUAUCAGUCUGAUCAAGGAAGGAAAUUCUGCAGUUCUCAUUAAUUUCGCCAGUGAGAUCAAUAUUAAUAUUAAUGGUGCUGCCGUCACCUCCCAGGCUACAAUUAGUGUCUGGACCAACUUCGUGCUAACAUGGUUGAACAUCAACAAAAGUUUAAAAAUGUAUCUUGGUGGUCAAUUAGUAUCUACAAAAACAGUGUCUUCCCUAGAAUCAGAGCUCUUGAAAAAUGCUUCAAUGGAGAUAAAACUGACAGAGGGAAACGAAGUGACAAUCAGACGAGCCAUUGUAUUCGAUGAUGCCGCUGUUGAAGAUAGUUCUCAGACAUGUGACAUGACAACACCACGGACAGUUCUUACCUCCUUAAACAGUAUGACAGCAGAUAAUAAAACUAAUUUAAGUAUUGUCAUGCCUUCUACUUGUGAUGCUGUAGAUGAAUGUUUAUCAUCACCUUGUGGUCAACAUGUUUGUAUAAAUGAAUUAUCAGGAUUUAAAUGUAAAUGUUCUGAUGGAUAUACUGGUGAUCUAUGUAAUAUACCACCUGAUUAUUGUUUAUCAAAUGGUUGUAAUACAGGUGCUACAUGUAACAGUAUUUCUACCAAUAAAACAUUUACAUGUACUUGUCCUAAAGGAUACAAGGGAACACUUUGUGAUGUGAAUAUUGUAAAUGGUGGGUGGGGAAAUUGGACAUAUUGGAGUGAAUGUAGUACUACGUGUGGUGGAGGUACAUCAUCUAGACAUAGAUUAUGUGAUAAUCCUUCACCUGAUGAAGAUGGUGAACCGUGUCAAGGUUAUGAUACAAAAGUUAAACCAUGUAAUAAUGAUACAUGUCCUGAAUGUAAGGCUACAGAUUUAGCAAGAGCUCAUGGGUCCAGUGUUCAAUGUAUUGGAACGACGUCCAGACUGGAUUGUGAAAUGAUUUGCAAGCCAGGGACGCUUUAUAAUGGAGAUGAAACUCCGAAUUACACCUGUAUAGAUGGUGUUUGGCGCCCAGAGAGGAAAUUAUUACCAUGUACAGAGGUAACACAGUCUAUAUCCGUCCAAAUAGAAGCAACAGUUAACUUCCCAUCUCCAGCGAUAUGCGAACAUAGUGAGGCAUUCAGAAAUCAGAUAUCCAAUAAAAUUCGUGAAGAUACCUGUGCUGGAAGUAAUACAUGUCAGUAUGAAGUUAUAGCACCAGAAUGUUCUCAAGGAAAUAGAAGAAAACGAGAUGCUGAUACUGCUGUUACCAUUAUGUUAACCAAAGAUUUGCCAGAAGGUGAUCUCGGCCUGGCAGCUUAUCAGACAAAUGGUACCAUUAGUCCACAGCUAAAAGCUACAGUAGAAGCUAUAGAAAUAUUAGAAUUAUCAGGUCAGAUGUUACAGAAUCAAACAGAGAAUUUUACAGUGACGGUAAAUGAUGUUGUUUAUAAAGCUACAUCUGUAAAUGUUAAUGGUAAAACAAUGUGUCAACCCGGAUCUGUUGGACAAGCUGGUGUGUGUGGUGUGUGUACAGAAGGCACCUAUGAAAAUGGUAAUCAGUGUAUAGACUGUAAGCAUGGUUAUUAUCAAGACGAACGAGGAACUGUUGAAUGUAAACAAUGUCCUUCUGGAUGGACAACACAAUAUAUUGGUUCUGUCGACGAAUCUAGCUGUUCAGUUUCAUCAGACACUACCACCACAACCACACGGUCACAAGAUGAACAAUCGGAUGUAGAAGACAACACUCCCAAUACUUUGAUAAUAGCUGUAAGCUCAGGUGUGGUCUGUGUUGUCAUUGUGGCUAUAUUUGGGUUUAUAAUAUACUACGUCUGUAAGAGAAACAGGUUUGUACAGUAG